UGAUGCUCCAAUUUCACGAGAGAGAAAAUAGGAUCCCGAGAACAAUGGACUUGUUCGGAGAGAUGGAUGAACAGGUAUCGGCGAUGGCGAUGGACGUGGACGACAUCGAUCCACUCGAGAUCUUUGCGGAUGGCGUCAUCUCCGCAGACAACAAACUCGCAGAUGCCGAUUUCUUCAACACAUUCGAAGACGAUUUCGAUGAUGCUGAUAUCAAUUAAGGCCAUUUAUUCAUCAUCAUUAUCAUCAUCCUUACGGUAGAACAAUUUGUGGGUUUUUCUUUUUGAACAUUUAGAGUAUCGCUAUUAGGGUGGAACAAUUAGGGUUUCGAUAUUUUGUGAUGUAGAAGGAAAAGAAUCAAAAGAGGUUGUACUAUGUUACUGGGAUUUUAUUGUUAAUAUGAUGAUGGCUCUUUUGUGAUAAAUCA